AUGAAGAAACAGCAAGUUAAACAAAUCCAUCUACACUAUAUAGCUCUAGACCCACAACCCCAAUUUCCGCACAAAUUAGCCCCGACCAAUUACCCAGGUCCCUCUCUAUGUAGUGUGUUUCUCUGCCGGGUGGGAUUCUCAAUAGACGACCCCACGGAUGAUUCAUUGUGUAACCACUUUGAAUCCAUAAUUAGAGGACUACACUCUUUAAAAUAUGUGAGAAACAGAACAACCGAUGGAAAUUUCACUUCUAAUAUUUCAUUCCAACGAUGGCAACAGCUGAGUUACAAUGCGUGCCUGACUUCGAGUUGCGCAAUAACAGGAUUGGACACAGGACGCAUUCGCCCUGCGGAAAAUCCUGUUCUCACAUUGCUGCAUCCUACACUGCAAGAAUCUGGCGGCUGCAAAGGCGCUAUAGGCUUACAUAGCCAACGAUCGUGA